AUGGCGACAAAAGCGGCUUUCAAGCGCCUUACUCGCGAGUAUCAGAACAUUCAGAAGAAUCCCCCGCCUUACAUUGUGGCACAUCCGUCAGAGUCCAACAUACUCGAAUGGCACUACAUCCUUACGGGACCUCCGGGCACGCCGUAUGAAAAUGGCCAGUAUUGGGGUACCCUAAUGUUCCCUCCCGAGUACCCGUUUGCUCCUCCGGCUAUUCGCAUGCACACUCCUAGCGGUCGUUUUCAACCAUCAACUCGGCUAUGCCUCAGCAUCAGCGACUUUCAUCCGAAGUCAUUUAAUCCCGCAUGGGAGGUUUCUACCAUCCUCAUUGGCUUGCUUUCCUUCAUGACGAGCGAGGAGAUGACCACCGGAAGCGUGAGUGCAUCGGAGGCAGAGCGACGAGUGCUGGCGGCACGGUCUAGGUGGUGGAAUUCCACUGGUGGCGGUUCCCAUGUCAGUGCCACCCCAGGAGUGACCCCUACUGCCAAGGGUAUCAACAAUGUGAAAGCUGGAGACGGCGGUCUGAAGUUUCGCUCGGAGUGGCCAGAGCUCGACCAAGAGAAUUGGAGGUGGAUGAAGGAUAGUCGCAUCGACACCAACACUGGCCAGCUCAUGCCUGAUCCCAGUGCGACCAGAUGCUCUCCAGAGACAAGUGCGCUUCGCCGACGACCGAACGGUAGCGCCCCGGGACUCGGUGCGGUGAUGGAAGGCGGCCAUGUCGCCCGAGAAGCAGGCCAAAGCUGGGUCCGCCGCAACAAGAUCUGGCUUGGGUUUGCAAUCCUAUUCGGAUAUGCACUUCUGACCAGGCUAGUGAAAGAUGUUCAAGGCUAA